AUGGGCUUGAAUUUGGACAUCGGAGGGCUUGAGUGCAAGCAGCUCGAUAACGACAAUCCUCCGUUCGCGGCCUCUACUCUAGUGCAGGAGCUGCUUGAGAUCGACAUGGGCAUUGACAUCUUGCCGCAUGGCAAGAAGAGCGAAGUCAUCCAAAUCCUUCAGGAACAAGGGCUGAAUACGAGACCUUGGCGCUCUGCUUUCAAGGAUGAAGGUGUAGAUACUCUGCCUGGCCGUGUGCCGAGCUGGAAAGAUCUCAAUACUGUCCGUGAGCGGGCGAUGGAAUGCUUUAAUUGCGACCACGAAGAAUUCAGCUGGAACAUCGAAGUGCAUCAUCGGCUUCUUGAGAGCAUCUUUAGAGGAUCGGGAGAGGCCUCCGCCCAGCCCUUCGAUUUUAUGUCAUGUACAACCGCCCGGCCACAUAGGAACUAUCUACCCUGUUCUUCAAGGCAAAAGAUGGUGGACUUUUGCCUCUUUGAUGAUUCCGACGUCGAUGCUCAAGCGCGCCGAGCACUUGCUCAGCGCACAGUUACUCAGACAGUCAACCACACCGAUUACAGGCCUCUUCAGCUUCGCCCUAUCACACUGAGCAUUGAAACUAAACGUCCGGGUAAGGAUUUGGACAUGGCACAGCUGCAGAUGGGUGUAUGGCAUGCAGCGCAGUGGAGGUUUCUCCAAUCCGCUGUGAAGGCGAUGAUCACGUCGACUCAGGCUGAUGGGGCAGACGAGGAAGAAAUCACGGAUGCUGUGAAGGCGGCUUUGUCCCAACUCGGCUUCCUCCCGGGAGUAAUCAUACAAGGCCAUCGCUGGCUCUUUGUCUUUUCUACGUUGGAGCCUCAGACCACAACUCUGGAAGACGGCACCAAUAUCACAGUUUAUCGCACCACCUUGUGGAUUGAGCAGGAGUUCGGGUCUACGCAGAGCAUUCUCAAGACGUACCAGAUUGUCGCUGGCCUUCGCCGCCUGGCAGGAUGGGCAAAGGACUUCUACAUGCCCUGGUACCAGAGACAUGUCCUCUCGAAUCAUGGCCCGAAUCAAAGCCCAUGA